CGUGGGUCUGGGAUCCUCCUUUGGGGUUCGCAGGCGCCCUGCCGCACAACUGGGUUGUCAUGCCUUUUAAGUGAGAGACCGGAAUUUACCACUGGGCAUGAGCCCAGGACUCAGCGCUCGGGAGAGUGCAGUAGAUGGAGGAGACAAAUCUCUGCGCGCAAGAAUCUGACUCCCUGUGAGACGGUCACACCGCACCGCUUUGGUCAUUCUGUUCGCCAAAGGGGAAAUGGCUUCCCGACCCACUCGAGGCUCACCUAUGCCAGAUUAAAUUUGCAAGUUGGCCGAGAAACCGUAGGAGCGGAGAAGACUUGGUUCUGCCCUUGGGGGCAGCUGGUUGCCCAAGAACCGGAUCGUGAGAUUGCAAGAGGACCCCCCAGUGGGUGUCAGCGGUGCGCCGUCGGAGAACAACAUCAUGCAGUGGAACGCAGUUAUCUUUGGGCCGGAAGGGACGCCUUUUGAGGAUGGUACCUUUAAGUUAGUAAUCGAAUUCUCCGAAGAGUACCCGAAUAAACCUCCCACUGUUAGGUUUUUAUCAAAGAUGUUUCAUCCGAAUGUGUAUGCUGACGGAAGCAUAUGUUUAGAUAUCCUCCAGAACCGUUGGAGCCCAACGUAUGACGUGUCUUCUAUUUUAACUUCGAUUCAGUCUCUGCUGGACGAACCGAAUCCCAACAGCCCUGCCAACAGCCAGGCGGCCCAGCUUUAUCAGGAAAAUAAACGGGAGUACGAAAAGAGAGUUUCAGCUAUUGUCGAACAAAGCUGGAAUGACUCUUAAUGGACAGCCGACCGCUCUGCUCAUCCUCCUCGUCAUUGUGCAUAAUUUAACUCCCAAUAGAAAGGAAGGCCACCGGAAAUUUUAAGUGCCACAGGUUUAAGGAUUUGCAUACCUAAUGAGUCUGCAAAAAGAGUAUAAAAAACGCCCUUCAUUUUAGAACCUUUAAAAGCUUGUGUAUCUUGAUUAAUGUACUUUUUAUUGCAUGGUCUGAACUAAGUUAUUGCUACAUAAAUUUGUAAUAUAUCCUGUUUGUAUUUUUUUUCCAAGUGUAUAAUGUUGGUGUGGAGUUUUCAUGACAGAAUAUACACAUUUUGUAAAUCUGUACUUUUUUCAAAUAUUGAAUGCCUUAUUUUUGAAUUCUUUAGAUUUUUAAAUUGGAGAAAAGCACUUACAGGUUUUUUAUAUAUAAAUAUUACAUGUAAAACUGUUAAAUACAUAACUUCAGUGCAAAAGAG